CACCCCCACACGGCGAUCACCAGCGUACCUCCUCCAUCAACGACGACGCAACAAGAUAAGAUAGAAGCAGCAGCAGCCAUGGCGGGCCAGCAGAGCAGGAGGAUGGUGGCCCUGGUCCUGGCCCUUGUGGUGGUAGCGGCGGCGUCCCUGCCCGCGGCCACCGCGUACGGCUGCUACGACGACUGCUACGAGCGGUGCGCCAACGGCAAGGACGACCCCGUCUGCACCAAGAUGUGCAACCAGGCGUGCGGCCCCGUCGACCAGGGGGCGGCCGCCGCCGGUGCCGGUGCCGCCGGGGGCGCGCCCAAGGCUUGAUCAUCUGCUCCAAUAUCUGCCCAAGGCUGAUUCAUCCAUCGCCCACCCAUCACCAACGACGACCUACUACUCUAUCUCCUCCUAGUUUAAUUUCAUCCAUCUAUUACUUUGUGUGCGUGUGUUCCCCAAUUCCCAUCCAUGAAUCAAUCUGUGUCGUUUUAUUUGUAACGUACUCCUACAAUUUAAUUUGUAAGUGAAAUUAAAUUAAAUGUCCUCUCUAUAUAUCUCUUUAUCAUUCAAGAUUU